UCAUGAUUGUUUUAGGUGGCAUAUACUUUUAUGACCAUGGAAUUGAAGAUUAUUACGCACCACCUCCGAGAGGCUAUCUUACUAAAAGCAUGUAUGAAAGUCACAUUCUUCACGAGACUAUGACGGGAGAAAUUGAAGUCAUUGGGAGAAAUUAUCAACGUCAGAAAAUGACUGAUUUUACGAACGACUCUUCAAGAAAAAAAUACAAUCCCUCAUUGAAAAAGAUUUCUUCAAGCAAUAAGGAUGUUUCCUACAGAAAACGAACAAAAAUGGAGCACCCCUAUUAUAAUAGUAGAGGUAUGAACAAAGAGAAAGAAGAAAGACGUCAACAUUUAUUGCCAAAUGAUGAUUGGCCACUUAAUCAUCCCACAUCUCAUGCGCUCAGAAAUUCCAAAUUAUCUGUUCCUCCGCUAAAGUAUUUUCCCCGUAAACAAAUGAGAUUAAGAAAUCAAAGAACCAUAGAAAAUCAGGAUAACAUCCAUGAGCAUGCGAAAAUAAUUCCACAACUUGGACCGCACAGAUUAUCGACAAAUCAUAAAAUUAGAGAAACUGAUUCUAAAGAACCUGCUUUGUGGGCAGAUUCGGUUGAAGAGAGUGUAGAUAAAGAUCUUCAAGUUGGUCACGCAGUCUAAUGAUGAACUUUACUGACAAUCACUGCUAUUCUUAAGAUGAGCUCUCAGUGAAGACAAGAGCUUAUCUCAUGUUCAUACAGUAAUUUUAAAACAUGGUACGACUUCAUCCAGAACUUGCACUGCGACUAUUGAAUUUAGAAUGGUUUUGUUUUGUUUAUUUAUUUACCUUUGUAUUAAAAAUAUCACAUUGUGUAUUAGUUAUAAAAAUUUUCUCUAAUAAACUUAUUUGUUUUGUGA